AUGGACCCCAAUAGGACAGCUUUCAAAUCCUAUCAAAGCCCGACCACGAGGCGUUUGGUGGUCUCAAAAGUUUCCAUUUCCGCUGAUGUCCUUACCGUCGAGUAUGUGGCCGCCGAGUUGCUGAAAAUUGCCCAUUCAGUGUUCCAUGACCAAUCAGCAAUGUAUAUACAUCCUCAUAUGAAGCCUCGCCCUCAGCCGGUGCUUCUCCAGUCAGACACGGAAUUGUCUGAAACACUCGGACUUUCCUGCAACAACGGCACGCAAGCCAACAUGCUUUUGUGUGUCAGAGUCUGCCGGCUGCUGUCCAGAUUGCGCGACUCUUCCGAACCAUUGCACGAGAUCUUACACGCCUUCCAGAUCCUCCUUUCCCACAUAACGCAGCUCCUGUUCUCCGGUGAUCUGAGUACACUUCAGCUCAGGGAUAAGGUGAUGGAGAACAUGCGCGAGGUUGCGGUGAGGCUAGUGAAGGACGCUCAGGCCAUGAUGCCGAAAGAACUACCACGGUGGCAGACAUGGGUGUUGGCCGAGAGUGUACGCCGAGCAAUAUUGAUGAGCUGUCUCAUACAAGGCGUGUACCAUGGGUGGGUCCGAGGUUAUUGUUAUCAUGAGCUGUUCAUCCAGGCCCUGCCCUUCGACGUUCGCGCUGGUUUGUGGGUCGCCGGAUCUGCAGAUGAAUGGGAGGCACUGUUGGUCAAAGACGACAAGCAACAUGGCUUUGACAAAGCAACUACCGACUUAGUCUCCUUCCAUGAGUUUGCGUUUUCCUUCGCCAAAGUCCCGUUCGAUCCAGGUGCCGACUCUUUCCAAAGACUAUUGCUGACCGCGCACCACGGCAAGGGUCCUGUUGAUAGGGCGCUUGGCUGCCUGAAAGCAUAGCAGUUGCGGCAUUCCACAACAAGUCCGAAAGGCUCAUGUUGCUUCUCCAGUGGUUCGUCGACCGGUCACAAAUCAUCCGCAGCCACCGUCGCAGCGUCUCAUCAUGGUUCGCUCCGACCACGCCGGCUCAACACAAGGCCCCGAAGACUAGAUGUUCAGGAACACGCCUGAAAUUUCCCAAUCACCACAAUAUAAUCCAUCCCAUAAGGCAAGACCUGCCACGCAGAUCCUGUCCCUCUCGGCAGCGCCGACGAAUUGACGAAUUCCGCCAGCGACGUCAUCUUCAAUCCCAGCUGCAGUGGUGUCGAGGAAGAUGAAGGUUGUGUCAGUCGCGUUCGAAAGCGAUGCGUGCCCAGAGGGCUUGAUCAGCAGCAGGGCCACGAACGCUCCGGCCCAAUGUGUAGCGAAGACUAGAUAAUAUGGACGACGCUUUGCCUACCUUUGAGCUGUGAACAUUGAACCUGCAGGGACGAG